AUGAACAACCGGAAGGAAGACAUGGAAAUCACGUCCCACUACCGUCACCUGCUCCGCGAGCUCAACGAGCAGAGGCAGCACGGCGUCCUGUGUGACGUCUGUGUCGUGGUCGAGGGCAAGGUCUUCAAGGCGCACAAGAACGUCCUGCUCGGCAGCAGCCGCUACUUUAAGACGCUUUACUGCCAGGUGCAGAAGGCGUCCGACCAGGCCACGGUCACACACCUGGACAUCGUCACGGCCCAGGGCUUCAAGGCCAUCAUUGACUUCAUGUACUCUGCCCACCUGGCCCUCACGAGCAGGAAUGUCAUCGAGGUGAUGUCCGCGGCCAGCUUCCUGCAGAUGACGGACAUCGUGCAGGCCUGUCACGACUUCAUCAAGGCAGCGCUGGACAUCAGCAUCAAGCCAGAUGCCUCGGACGAGCUUUCGGAGUUUGAGAUUAGUGCCCCUCCCGGCAGCAGCACGGAUGCGCUGAUCUCGGCUGUGAUGGCCGGAAGGAGCAUCUCCCCGUGGUUGGCUCGGCGCAUGAGUCCUGCCAAUUCUUCCGGAGACUCGGCCAUCACCAGCUGCCACGAGGGAGGAAGCAGCUACGGGAAGGAGGACCAGGAGCCCAAGGCCGAUGGUCCUGAUGACAUUUCCUCGCAGUCUCUGUGGCCUGGGGAUGUGGGCUACGGGUCUCUGCGGGUCAAGGAAGAGCAGAUCUCGCCGUCUCAUUACGGAGGGAGUGAGCUGCCUUCCGCCAGGGAUGGUGUGAUACAGAACUCUUUCUCAGAGCAGGCUGGAGGCGAUGGCUGGCAGCCCACAGGUCGAAGGAAGAAUCGGAAGAACAAAGAGACAGUCCGGCAUAUCACACAGCAGGUGGAGGACGAUAGCCGGGCCGGCUCCCCGGUGGCCUCCUUCCUUCCGACGUCUGGGUGGCCGUUCAGCAGCCGAGACUCAAAUGCGGACUUGACGGUGACCGAAGCCAGUAGCUCUGACAGUCGCGGGGAGAGGGCUGAGCUCUUUGGCCACGUGGACGAGGGUCUCCUGGGAGGAGAAGCCAGCUACCUGGGCCCGCCCCUGACCCCGGAGAAGGAGGAGGCCCUGCACCAGGCCACCGCCGUGGCCAACCUGCGGGCGGCGCUCCUGAGUAAGAACAGCCUGCUGUCCCUCAAGGCCGACAUGCUCCGGGACGACAGCUCCCUGCUGCUGGACUACCUGCCCAAAGGCACCCACUCCCUGUCCCUCAACGAGUUCACGGUGAUCAGGAAGAAGUUCAAGUGCCCCUACUGCAGCUUCUCGGCCAUGCACCAGUGCAUCCUCAAGCGGCAUAUGCGCUCCCACACGGGGGAGCGGCCCUACCCCUGCGAGAUCUGCGGCAAGAAGUUCACGCGGCGGGAGCACAUGAAGCGGCACACGCUGGUCCACAGCAAGGACAAGAAGUAUGUGUGCAAGUUGUGCAGCCGUGUGUUCAUGUCGGCCGCCAGCGUGGGCAUCAAGCACGGCUCGCGGCGCCACGGCGUAUGUGCCGACUGCGCGGGCCGAGGCGUGGCCGGGCCCCUGGACGGCGGUGGCACGGAGGGCUCCCCCGAGCUGUUCCCUGGCGAUGGGCCCUACCUGGAAGAUCCCGACGACCCGCGGGGGGAGGGUGAGGAGGAGCUGUGUGAGGACGAGGAUGAGGUGGGCCUGGCCCACGAGGAUGCGCUGCUGGCGGCCGAGAAGGAGGACGAGGACUCGCCGCAGGGACCCAGCAGCCCCCCGGGGGCGCCCGACAAGGACUUCUGGAUCUCCUAG